GUGUUCAAUCGGUAGCUCCCGUUCUACUGUAAGCAUAGCUCUCGAUGCGCAGUUUCCAGAUAUGGGCAAGCGAGAAAAGAACAGCUCCAUUUCCCUUGUUUUCCCUCCAUCCAUCCUCAUCGGGCCAGCCUCCGCAGCUUCUUCCAUCUCGCUGUUGCAGGCAAACUCAAUAGCGCAUGUGUUGAGCGUUGGCACUAGCCCAUCAAGUAAGGCCCCAGGAGUGGCCUACCAUCGCGUAAGCGUCACCGAUUCACCCUCUUCAUCGAUUAUGAAGAUUAGUGGCACCGCCUGCGACAUCAUCGAGACGGCUCUCCAGUCAAAUAAUGGCACAGGCAGAAUCUUAGUUCACUGCUCUGCUGGUAUAUCUCGCUCUCCAGCAGUAGUUGCAGCAUAUCUUAUGAAACAUCAUGACAUGUCAUUGAGGGCGGCUCUGGGGCAAAUUGUGCGCGCCCGUCCGCAGGUGUCACCGAAUCCAGGGUUUUUACGGGAGCUAAAAGAACUCGAGCUACAAUUGCGCGGAAUGCUGUCUUUGGAAGCAGAGGAAUUACCAAAACGAGAAAAAGACCGGCUGGCCAUGUUCCCGGAAGAAUAUCAAGAAAGGCAAGAGCAGCCAUAUAAUGAUUAAGCUUACUGAAAUUACGUAGACGUUAAAGCACGAUUGCUCUAAACUUCUGUAUAGUACUAUGCAAAUAAUAAAAGAUUAGUUAUGGACUCGG